UAGUUCAUGGUGGCGUUAAUUCGAUAUAAAACUUUGUGAAUUGAAUGGUUCGUUAUUUUAAUGUAUAUUUCAAAUAAAAAUUAAAUGUUGUUACUUUUAACUGAAAUGUACUGUCGAUAAACACUAGCAAAACAUCUUGUAAAAUUAAACACUGUGCACGAUACGCAAUGAAUUACCAUCUUGGUGCUCUGUUCGCGGUGUUUUCACUGACGUUAGAAAGAGUUUGGUUACUUAGCAACGACAACUCCACUCCAGUGAUACACGUCGGUGUUCUGUUGGAAUUGUCCGAAUCUCACUAUAGCGUCUACAGUGCGUUUUACGUAAAGAUCUUCGAUAAUGCUUUUGAUGAAAUUCAGGCGCGAAGUGACCUAUUGCAUGGAUACAGAAUCCAGAUGGACGUCCGCAACACCAUGGACCAUAACGGACAUGCAGCCGUGGAAAUGGUGAACUUGCUUCAGUUCGGAGAACCCAAAGUGGCCGUUCUCGGACCUACUAAAUCCGGGUCUCUGAUUACCACUGGACAGAUAGCGCCUAUAUUUCAUACAAUUCAGUUAUCGUGUAUUGCAAUUACGGCGGAGACGUCUGACACAACGUUAUUCCCGACGUUAUACAAAGUAAACCAGGCGUCAGACCUGCUCAAUCCUUUUCGGAUCAAGCUGAUGAACCAUUUUGGCUGGGCCAGAGUCGGAACCAUCGUUUACCAAAAUGAUCUAAACAUAAAGCAAAUUAAUGAUUUCCACACCAUGUUGCGUAGGAACAAUAUGACAUUAGUGACAUCAGCUGUUGUCGCCGACAUAAAAAGCAUUCCUAAUGUGAUUGCAACUAUAAAGGCCUUUAGCAAGGUUUAUAAGGCGAGCGGUACGUGA